GGGACGGUCGGCAGGAUGGGCUUCCCGGGCAAGGACGGCCAAGAUGGCAAGGACGGGGAUAAAGGCGAGCACGGCGAUGAAGGUCCACAAGGCAGAAUGGGAAACCCUGGCAAGCCAGGACCGAAGGGGAAAGCGGGAGCCAUCGGCAAGGCUGGCCCCCGAGGGCCCAAGGGUUUAAAGGGCAAUCCUGGGAAAAACGGGGCACCGGGAAAGAAGGGGCCCAAAGGGAGCAAGGGCGAGGCCGGGAUGCCGGGGCCCUGCACCUGUAACGCCAACAGAGCCAAAUCUGCCUUCUCCGUGGCCGUCUCCAAGAGCUACCCAAGGGAAAGGCUGCCCAUCAAGUUCGACAGGAUCCUGAUGAACGAGGGAGGACAUUACAAUGCUUCCAGUGGAAAAUUUAUAUGCAGCAUCCCAGGUAUUUACUACUUCACUUACGACAUCACUUUGGCCAACAAACAUUUGGCCAUUGGCUUGGUCCACAAUGGGCAGUACCGGAUCAAGACUUUCGACGCCAACACCGGCAACCACGACGUGGCCUCCGGAUCAACCAUCCUUUCUCUGAAGCAGGAGGAUGAGGUCUGGCUGCAGAUCUUCUACUCGGAACAAAAUGGGCUCUUUUACGAUCCCUACUGGACAGACAGCCUAUUUACCGGCUUCCUGAUAUACCCCGAUCAAGAUUAUCUCAAUGAAAUAUAA